AUGGCUCCUGCUGCUCUGUUAAUCGGUGCUAUCACACACGCCCGCAAGGAAUGGGAGGAUCUGUCAUCCUGUUUGACACUCAAGGAAUUCCCCUCUGGCACCCGGGAGGACUUUAUUCAAAACUGUAAGAAUGGCGAGUAUAAUGAUGUAGUCGCUAUCUAUCGAUCCAAUACCUCGACCAAGUUUACGGGCCCUUUCAACGCAGAGAUGCUGUCCGUGUUGCCGUCGUCAUUAAAGUACAUCUGCCAUAACGGCGCAGGCUAUGACAAUGUUGAUAUUGAUGCUUGUACGAAAAAGGGAAUCGCCGUGUCCAGUACCCCCGUGGCCGUCAACAACGCCACGGCUGACGUGGGCAUUUUCUUGAUGAUCGGGGCUCUGCGACAGGCAUACGUGCCGUUGACUUCCAUCCGAGAGGGCCAAUGGCUCGGAAAGUCUACGCUGGGUCGUGACCCUAAGGGCAAAGUCCUUGGAAUUCUCGGCAUGGGCGGUAUUGGAAGAGAAAUGGCAAACCGCGCCAAAGCCUUUGGAAUGAAGAUCCAGUAUCACAACCGUUCGCGGUUGUCGUCUGAGCUUGAGGGCGACGCGACCUAUGUGUCGUUUGAUGAAUUACUGGCUACUUCCGAUGUGCUGAGCUUGAACUUGGCUCUGAAUGAGUCGACCCGGCAUAUCAUUGGGGAGAAAGAAUUUGGCAAGAUGAAGGACGAGAUUGUUAUCGUCAACACGGCUCGUGGGGCUUUGAUCGACGAGAAGGCUUUGGUUGCUGCGUUGGAGUCUGGGAAGGUCUUGUCGGCUGGUCUGGAUGUUUAUGAGAAUGAGCCCGUGGUAGAGUCCGGGCUUAUCAAGAACCCCCGUGUGAUGUUGCUGCCACACAUUGGUACCAUGACCUAUGAGACGCAGAAGGACAUGGAGCUGCUAGUGUUGAACAACCUGCGUUCGGCGGUUGAAAAGGGGAAGAUGAUCACGUUGGUUCCGGAGCAGAAGAGUGCCUUCCAGGGUAUGAACGGGACUCCGUAA